AUGUCGGACCAGUCACAUAACCAGCCCGCAGACCACCCUAUUAACGGCCUCAAGCCGUUAUCGAACGGAGACGGAUUCCAUUUGCCCAUAACCGGCAACGACCUCAACCAUGGCGGGUACGACCACUCGGACGCGAUCAUGACCAACGGGCACGCCCUGGAGGAAACCGACGACGAUGACGAGGAGGACGAGGUCGAGGAUGACUAUGUCGCAGUUGACCAUGACGAUCUGAACGAAUAUCCUUACUGGUUCCGCCGUCCGCCCGUGCGCCAACCCUCGAAGCUAGACGACCUGCAUCCGUUUGUGCAGGUUCUGACCCAGUCGAACGUGGACGACUGUGUCGCUGUGGAAGAGGCAUUCCCCGAACAGGAGCGCUGCACUCGAGAGAAGGCAUGCAUUGCUCCCUUCGCCUAUCGCCUAGGAAGAUGCCCCGAGCUCUGCCUUGGUCUGUUCACUCUUCCGGUUCUUGGGCUAGACCAGCCCAAACCUCGCCCUACCCUCGUCGGACACGUUAUCGCUACUCGAACAUCCACUCCCUAUGUGACGGAUAGGUCUAUGGAACUACCUGCGGACUGGAAGACUGCGCGCUCAACGGUCGUCGAUGGGGAGACCGUCGGUCACGACGAGUAUGGAAGCUCGAUCGCUAUUCACUCUCUGGCGGUUUUGCAGGAACACCAAGGAAAGCAGGUGGGGAGCACACUCAUGAAGUCGUAUAUCCAAAGAAUUCGGGAGGCAGCCAUCGCGGACCGCAUUGUGAUUAUCGCCCACGACAACCUCAUUCCAUUCUACGAGGGUCUGGGAUUCGAGAACCGAGGCCUGAGCAAAUGCCAAUUCGGUGGCGGUGGCUGGACAGAUAUGGCGCUGGAGCUCAACACGGAGUGA